AUGUCUUUUGAUUUUGCUUUAACUGAUAUUUAUGCCCUUAAUUUUGGGUGUGCACAAGAUACAACUUUUUCAAAUAUGGGUACAAAAUGUGGUCGAUGGAAUCCAACGGCGGAACAGGUUAAAGUUCUAACUGACCUGUUCCGCUCUGGACUCCGUACCCCGACCACUGAUCAGAUUCAAAAGAUAUCGUCUCAGUUAAGCUUUUAUGGAAACAUCGAAAGUAAGAAUGUGUUUUAUUGGUUCCAAAACCAUAAAGCUAGAGAACGACAGAAACGUCGUCGUAAGGUUUUGGUUGAUGAAUCAAUCAAUGACGAAGAUAUGAGAAUCCAAUUCGAUAAUAUCUCUUCAAACAAACAUUUUCCAGAGAUAAAUACUAAUCAUGAGACGGCUGAGAGAGUAAUAGAGACUUUACAACUCUUUCCUUUAAAUUCAUUAAGUGAAUAUGCUGAGACGGAGAAGUUAAGGCUAUUCACUGAGGAAUACAUGACAUUUUCCUGCUCUAUCGGGGCGGAAAUGGAUCAUCCAACGUUGGAUCUACGUCUAAGCUUCUUUUCAUAG